GAUCUAAUUCCUACCUCUCUUCCAAAGAUAUCAAAGGACUGUACUGUGAAAGAAAUGCUUCUUCCAGUUCUACUUCUGCUCUUGGCUGCUGCACUACAAGCAUUUCUAGGACAGGGUAACUCAGCUUCUGUGAGUAAAAUGACUCCAGAAAAACAGAAGGAGAUUCUUGAUGCAUUUAAUGCUAUCAGGAGAGACGUGAAGCCAACUGCUGCCAAUAUGCUGAAAAUGACAUGGAGUGAUGAAGCCACUGAGACUGCUAGCAGAUGGGCCAGUAAAUGUCAGUUUAGAAACAGUCCCAUAGAGGAGAGAAUGGUUGGUGGUUUUGCUUGUGGAGAAACUCUGUCACAAACAGUGACUGCCAAUUCCUGGACAGAUAUAAUUAAGUUAUGGUCCAAAUCAAAGACUAAUUUCAAGUAUGGCAUUGGGCCAGUGGAUCCAAGGAAAAGCAUCUAUACCUACACUCAGCUCAUUUGGUAUAAUUCACAUAAGGUUGGAUGUGCUGUUGCUUAUUGCCCAAAGAAUACUUUCCCUUACUUGUUCCUGUGCCAUUACUGCCCCAGUGGUAAUGCGCAAGAUAAAAUAGCAACACCCUACAAAGAAGGCUUACCAUGUGCAGACUGCCCUUCAGACUGCGACAAUAAACUCUGCACCAAGGCAUGUGAAUAUAUGAACUCUCAUAAUCAAUGUCAGGAUCUAAAAGAUAGAUUCUCAUGUGAAUCAGGGUUUAUGAAUGACUUUUGCAAAGCCACGUGUAAAUGCACAACAGAAAUAAUGAUGCACCUUCUGAUCACCUUUCUGCCUUUGGCUGCUAUGCUGCAUCUGCCUCUAAGCCAGGGGGAGAACGGCAUGGCGAUGAGCCUCUCUGAAAAGCAACAGAAAGAAAUUGUUGAUGCAUACAAUAAUAUUAGGAGAAGAGUGCGUCCAACUGCCAGCAAUAUGCUGAAGAUGACGUGGAGUGAGGAAGCUGCGGAGAGUGCUAAAGAAUGGGCUCAGCAAUGUACAGGCAAAACCACUCCUAUGAAUGGCAGAAUUGUAGAUGGAAUACUCUGUGGUGAGAGUAUAUCACAAGCCACUUUUGCCAGAAGAUGGUCUGAUGUUAUCCGUACGUGGAAUUCUACAAGUGCAGCUUUCAAGUAUGGAAUAAAAAGACCACAAGAGGAACAGAGAUCGAGUUUUGCAUAUACUCAGAUGGUUUGGUAUAGUUCACAUAAGAUUGGAUGUACAUUUGCCUACUGUCAAGGGAAUGCUUACCCUUACCUUUAUAUGUGCCGUUAUUGUCCUGUUGGUAACAUAUUAGAGUCAAUAGCAACACCCUACAAAAAAGGCCCACCAUGUGGAGACUGCCCUCACAACUGUGAAGAUAAACUCUGCACCAAUCCAUGCAAGUACAGAGAUCGUCAACUGAACUGUGCAGAUACAAUAAGAGAGUAUGGUUGUGAGCAGGACUGGGUCCAGAAAGACUGCAAGGCUUCCUGUGAAUGCCAAACAGAGAUUAAGUAACACAAAGAUGCACCAGAAGGUUGAUCUGAACUGGAAAAGAAUGGAAAUUCAGCUUCGAACAGGAACUUCAAUUUCUUUCCCUCCCUAAC